CGGAGCCGCAGCCAUUCGGGCCGGGCUGGCUGCGGCUGGGUGCUGCUCAGCCGCCGCGAUGGUCUCCUGGAUGAUUUCGCGGGCAGUGGUGCUGGUAUUUGGGAUGCUGUAUCCUGCAUACUACUCAUACAAAGCUGUGAAGACAAAAAAUGUGAAAGAAUAUGUUCGCUGGAUGAUGUAUUGGAUUGUGUUUGCUCUUUAUACAGUUACUGAAACAAUAAGUGACCUAACAGUCUCUUGGUUUCCACUUUACUAUGAACUGAAGAUAGCUUUUGUUAUUUGGCUCCUUUCACCAUAUACUAGAGGGGCAAGUUUAAUCUACAGAAAAUUUCUUCACCCACUUCUUUCUUCUAAAGAAAGGGAGAUCGACGAGUACAUUGUACAAGCCAAAGAAAGAGGCUAUGAGACCAUGGUGAAUUUUGGGAGGCAAGGGUUGAAUUUGGCAGCAACUGCUGCAGUGACAGCAGCUGUAAAGAGUCAAGGUGCAAUAACUGAGAAACUGAGAAGUUUCAGUAUGCAUGAUUUGACUACUAUACAAGGAGAUGAGCCUGUAGGACAGAGACCCUAUCAGACAUUACCAGAAGCAAAAAAGAAAACCAGAGCCUCUGCAAGUGAAUCUUCAGGUUACAAAACUCCGCUGGAAAAAAAUCCUGGGGAUGAUAAAACAGAUGAAGAGAUGGAGGGGACACAUUCAGAGGAUGAAAUGUUUGCUCAGAGAGGUCUUCGAAGAACUCAGAGCAUGAAAUCUGUGAAAACUGUUAAAGGCCGUAAAGAGAUACGGUAUGGAUCACUAAAAUACAGAGUGAAGAAGAGACCUGCUGUAUACUUCUAAGUGUAUUGCACAAUGCCUGCAAGAAAAACUGCUGUAUUGUACUAACUUGAAUUCAGUGUGUCAAAUGUUAAAGAGCUGUGGAUGAUUCAUAUAAUGAGUACAUAUGAAUAGGGAUGAUAGGACUUGGGUUUAUGAACCUAAAUUGUUUAACUGCUUAUUGUUUAGACUUAAAUCUGGACAAGUUAUGAGUUUCAGCACCCAGUGGAAAUUAAGUGAGUAACAGGAAACAGCCGUUUUGCAGAAUUACUCAACAGACUGAAAUAGUGCCAGGUCCAAUUGAAUUAGCAUAAGUUGUAAAGAUUUGGGACUUGUGAAAAUGUAACCCUUAGUGUCCCCAAGUUUACAUGUAAAGAUAGAUGUACUUGAAAUAUUUCUCUGAACUACAGUUCCUGAAAAGGCUUUUGUGUAAUUUGAAGGACAGUACAUGACGAUGGGGAAGGAGAGAAAAGACAAUGUAGAUAUGUUGUAUCCUUAAGAUCAUCUUCUUACAACGUAAUGCCAAGCUUCUCAAACUUAUAGAAUACUAAUAGGUGCAAACAGGGGGUACAUUUAGCACUUUAUGCAAAACUGUGUGGUUUUGCACACUCACUGAUUUACAGCUGCACAUGUCAUUUUAGUUACUUUUUAGGUUAGACUUGUCUUCUGAAUGCCAGCAAUUCUUACAUAGGUCCUUUAAAAAAUUAUCUCGAUUGCUGGAGUACAGUAAGGAUGCUGUAGAUAAUUGCUACUAAUGCUUAACAAUAUUAUCAGGUGCCCUUCUAUGUAUUACAAGGCUGUGUGAUUUUUCUGUCUGGGGUGUUUUUGUGUGGCUGUGUAUGUUUGUGGUUGGUUGUUUUUCUUUUGUUGGUGUUUUGUUUGUAUCUGUCUUCCUCCUUCACCUAGAGAAAUAUCAGCUUUUGGUUAAAAUUGUGGUAACUAAAACUUGUAGCAAUUCCAGUGAUAGACCUCAGGGAUCUGACCAGCCUAUCACCUGUGUAUUAGAAAUCAUGCUGACAUGAAGCCAUGUAUGAUAUUCAGGCCCUGGUUUGGUUUUGCUCUACAUUGCUUUGAGAGAGAAUGUGUAUGUAUGUGUGUAUAUUCCCUAUCAUAGCUGGAUUUUAAAAUUGGCUUAGUACUGUCUUAUAUUGCUGAAGUUAUUACUUAAGCAUUUACAUGCAAAUAGCUUUUCUUGGAGAUCUAGCUGAUUUAGCCAUUUUAACCUAGAGUCCCAUGGCACAACUCUUUGCACAGAGAUUAAUUUUGCAAUGUCAUUCAAAGCACGGACUUGUCAAAAGGACUUUGAGGUCCCCUUUGAUUCUAUUUUCUGCAGUUCUGAGAACUAGUCUGAUUUUAGUUUUUUGUGGGACUCUAUUUCUUCUGUGGAUUCAGGGAGAAAACACUUUCUAUAGAUAGUACUUUACUGCUUGUCUUGGGAAGUGUGUUACUUUUCUCAUAGAGAAAAUAGCAUGUGAUCCCUCUUAUCUUUGGAUCUCUGACUCAAAUCCUUGGAUCUCUGACUCCAAUCUUUAUACCUUCCCCCAGGAAUGACAGUCAGCUGCAAGUCUUUUGCAGUUCUUUGUAUUGCAGCUACUCACUGCUGGUGUGUACUUAAUGGCCUGUUAAUGUAUACUGGCAUUUGAAGUAGUCUUCUGUAGACUUUGGAUCAGAGUUUGAGUUGCAUGGGUACAAGUGCAGCUGGUCUGUAUUGGAGUUGUGUUACUUACUUGCUGCUGUAGGCAUUCAUAAGCCAAGCACAAAGCCACAGUCAAAUAUCCUAAUGCUGAACAUGCAGUGCUUUCAUCCUCCCCAAGCAAGUUAAAUGCUGUGGAAAGAAGCUGCAGCAGUGCACGUGUGACUUGUGUAACUUCACUCAAAGAUGCAGUUUUGUAGCACAACACAGGAAGGCUCCUCUCUCCUAGUAAGUCUACUGCAGAGAUAUCAUCCUCUAACCAGAACUGCAGCUUGGGAUCCAGCUUUCAUAAAGGAGCUAUUCGUGGGAGAG